AUGAGAGCUGCAAGAUAUUACGGCAGAGAGGAUAUCCGAAUCGAACAGAUACCGGAACCUCCUUGCGGUCCAAAUCAGAUCAAGAUUGCCCCGGCGUUUGUCGGGAUAUGCGGAACCGAUCUCCACGAAUACCUCGGUGGCCCCAACUUCUGCCCCACCUCUAGGCACCCAGUCACGGGCGAUGCGAUCCCCGUAACCCUUGGCCACGAAUUCUCGGGCGUCAUCAAGGAGAUUGGCUCAAAUGUCAAGGCGGAUCAUCUCAAAGUUGGUCUUCCCUGCGCCGUGCAGCCAACAGUCUACUGCGGAGACUGUGCAGCUUGCAAAGCCGGCGCUGAGAACGCGUGCCAUACCGGAGGCUUCAUCGGGCUCAGUGGCGGAGGCGGAGGUCUGAGCGAGGCGGUGGCUGUCCCCGCUGAUCAAGUCUUCCCUCUACCCGAGGGAGUAACUCUCGAGCUGGGCGCAUUGGUGGAGCCGCUCUCUGUUGCUUGGCAUGCCGUCGCUGCCGGUCCCGUCACACCAGAGUCAACGGUUUUGGUAAUGGGAGCUGGUCCAAUUGGGUUGGCUGUUGUGCUUUGUCUCAUUGCAAAGGGCGUGAAGAAUGUCAUCGUUGCAGAGAUUGCCACUGCUCGUCAAGGAUUCGCGAAGGAGUUUGGGGCUACUCACAUCAUUAAUCCCAAGGAGCAGGAUGUGUUGAAGGAAACAAUGAGAGUCACUAGUGGCAUUGGAGCUGAUGUCGUGUUGGAUUGUGCAGGGGCUCCAGCUAGGUACGAAUGUCUAUGCACAUGUCUGAACCAAUGCUGA